AGCGAGGCGGACAACGGCUGAUCAUCCUCACGGACGCGGCCAACCAAAUUUAUCUCCCGAAGAACCAACCCACCACUACGUCAAGGUAUAUCUCCUUGCAUUCCAUCCCACUUUAUCUAGAAACUUCUUCCAUUCUUCUAGAAAAUCUAUAAAAUCUAAAAGCUACCUCUCCCUCCGAUCCGAAACUCUCCUGCGAACACAGUCGUUACCAUCAUGGAGAGCCAACGCCCCCUCCAAGGUGGCUGCUCCUGCGGUCGAAAUCGAUACAUUAUCCGCAUCCCACAAGGCACAGCAGAAGUACCACAAGUCUUCUUCGACAACACUCGCAGUCACCGCCGUUCGCAAGCAACACCCCUCUCAGCAUGGCUCCGGGUGCCCCUCUCUUGGUACCACUCGACAACGUACGCCUUCAUGGAAGACGAGAUACCAUCUGCGAUCCGCCGCACAUAUACUUCUCCCCACGAGGAACAUUGCAAGCGCCACUUCUGCGGUUUCUGCGGUACGCCGCUGAGUUACUGGUCCGAAUCGCCAGCUAGUGAAGCGGAGUACAUUUCCCUGACCUUGGGCUCUCUGGCUGGUUCUGAUCUGCGGGAUCUUGAGGACUUGGGAUUGUUGCCUAAGGAAGCUUUGGAUGAUGCGGAGAACGAUAAGGAGAAGAUUGAGAAUGUGGUCCCAUAUGCUGGAAACGACAUUGAAGGUCUGCCAUGGUUCGAGACUAUGGUUCAGGGCAGUAGGUUGGGGAACAUGAAGAAGAGUUGGGGUAGUAGACACAGCGACAAUGGCAGAUUCAAGGUCGAGUGGGAGAUUGUUGAAUGGACUGAGGGCGAUGAAGAUUUGGCAACACCCAGCAAGAGGAAAUUCGGCGAGGUUGCUGAGCCGGAUUCUCACAUGGAAGAGGCUCACUGAGGGAUGCAGAGGGUUUAUAUGGAUGUCGGGAGCUGGAUGGGCAUGAUACCAUGGCCACGGCCUAUGCAGAUAUGGCUAUUAAUGAUGAAGAUCUGACCUAGGCUUAGGCGUGUCUUCGGUCUUUCUGCAUGGCAACACUUCUCACUAGCUGCAUUGACUUUUGUAGCAAUAGGGUCGAAUUGGCUGAUGGAAAAAAAGAAAAUGGGAAAAUUGGGAGGAGCAGAUGCAUGGACAAGGAGUUUCUCUACACCAGACUUUGGGUGGUAAUAAGCGACUCAAUGUACAAUACGGAUAUCAAGAGCAUUCAUUUCUUUCCAUCCUCACCACAACGAGGACCCCGAAAUAGUGAGACAAAGUACACACACGACUUGACGCCGAUUCACGUGAGAAGCCACAGUCCCAAAGAACGCUCCACUGGGCAUCCUUCUCCCGGCGGCAAAAACGG